AUGGGGUACGAUAUUCCAGGUCAUACAGAUAUCCUCCCUCAACACCGCUAUCCAAGAAAGCACAUACAAGAGAAUCUUGAGGUGGCAUUACUCGCCCACCAAAUUUCAACAUAUCUUCCCACAUACGCCACAUAUGUGCUGGCGAUGUGGGCAAAUGGGAGGGAUGCCAGGACUAAUCUGGUGGCAAUACCCAACCACACAAUCCUAUUGGAGGAGAGUGAGGGAAAUAAUCAACACCAUCACAGGGGGGACCAUAGCACUCACUCCAGAAACAAUGCUCUUCAUACUAUUCCCAGACCCCAUCACCAAACCACAGAGGGUAUUAACGACCCAUCUGCUCAUGGCGACCAACCUCCUCAUCCCGGUGCAAUGGAAGGCCACCAGGGCCCUGUCGAUGAGGGAAUGGCUCCAGAAACUGGAAUCAAUUUGAGUAAUGGAGGAACUGACAGCCUCCAUUACUGGUAA